CCGUAUUAUUUUAUUAUGAAGUGCGCAGACUGCGCGCGUGCAGUAUACUAAGAUAAAUCGGCGCGAGAACCUGCGCAAUCAAUGUGGUGUGCCAUUACAGUGAUUUGAAUAGUGAUAGAAUUUAAAAAGAAAAAAUGUGGCGGCAAAUGUAUUUGAUUUGGCUGCUUAUAGUCUCUGCAGCAGCGAUCAAAGUGCCAGUUGAGAAUAAAGAAGAAACCACAACUUUGGUAGUCAAUGACACGAGUCCAACUCCAGAUGCUCCCAUUUACUAUGAAUCAGAUGAACCUAAAAUUGACAGUUAUCUCAUACCGCCCAACACGCACACUGCAGAGGACAAACAAGAUCUAAUCCCUACAUAUCUCCUUCCUCCCACACAAGAUAAGCAGGAGGAUUUCUAUGUUGUGCCAACUGAUGGAACACAGUCAGACUGGUACCCCAUACAAUCAGAUCCGCCAAACAACCCUGCCAUCUUAUCGCAGUCUUUACCCCAUAUAAAUCCUAGCAUUUUACCUGAAUCAGUCCCUCAGAGUCAGAGGUUUAUUUUACCACAAGUACAACAAGACGAUAUCCCAAUAUUUAUGGUAGGAGAAAACCAUCAGCCACGAUUUGAGCACAGUAGAACAGGAAAAGCACACCAGCUACAAAAACAAGAGAUACCUGUGCCGUCAAGACACUUGAUACCUCCAGCGGAAGAUGCCGAAAACCACUUCCUUCUGCCUACUCCCUCAGCAGAAUUGGAAGUACCAUACCAAGAACAACAUCAACAGUUCGUAGCUCCGUCAGAGGAGGUAUACGAACUACCUAUUAUGGGACCCAAUCAUAAUUUUAAUCCGUUGAACAACAAGCCUAUAAAUUUCCGCCUCAAGCCGGCUGAGCCGACUCUUUCGUUACAUCUCACGCCGCCAAAGCCCCUUCUAUCGAAGCACAAAAAUCCCACGAAAUUGUAUCCUAAAAAGUAUCCAGGGGGAUUCCAGCCCGUGCCGAUUCCUUUAAAUCAGUUUGCGGAGGAAUCUUCAGCCGAAGUCCCCAAAGCGAAACCUACGAAACCGUUUAAUCCCGCCGCUGAUCCUGAAUCUGAAUAUUCGAAACCGAGCGAUAAAGAUACUUACUUGUACGAGAAACUCAAGCAAAAGCAUAAAAUGAGGAAGGAAAAAGCCGCUAAGCAACAACUCCCGGCCUUAGAAGAGCCGACACAUGGUCAACCAGUUUUAGAGCAAGAAACUUCCGAAACACACUUCAGAUACCCUGGACGCAACGUGUACCCCGCGCCGCUUCGGCAAGCUCCGCCGACGCCGCCACCGCGGCCGCUCUCAGGCGGAGCGCCCUCUGCGCUGCCACCGGCAGGAGACCGCACCGAGUUCCGCAUGCAUGGCAUGAAGGGGCCUCAUAGCUACCAGUUCGGUUACGAUACUGGGAAGGGUAAAAACCGCCAAUUCCGUUUCGAGGAGCGCGACAACGACGGCCACGUCCGCGGGCACUACGGCUACGUGGACAAGCACGGCAAACUGCGGGUGGUCAACUACGACGCCGACCCCAAGCUCGGCUUCAGGGCCGAAGCUCCUGUGGAGACUGAGCCUUGAUUAGUUUAUAUGAGUGCAAAAGGACUUAUAGUAUUCCAAUAGGUUUCAAAGGUCAUACACAAAUUUAGAUUCAAAAUUUUCAGUUUCCAAAAAUUAAGGAUAUUUGUGAAUUUAUCGUUCUAUCACGACACUACAAUAGGGAUGUUUCUGGAUUUAAAAUAAAUUACCUAUGUCACACCAAUAAAACACCAGAUACUUAACAGAAAAAACAUAGACAGAAGUUAUUUUUUUGACAUAAUUUCCAAUUGCCUAUUUAUUUAGAUAGAAUAGGCAAGUUGACCGUGAUGUCACUUUAGCAGUUUUCAUAGAAAUUCCAUAUUGGCAAAUCGUUUCGCACACAACCCCAUUACAAGUUAAAGCUACGUCGGGAGCAGUUUUCACCAAUACAAAUCACAACCGGACUAUAGGCUGCAGUACCUGUCCUUAAUUUUUGGAAAUAGAAGAGACAACAUUGGUUUGUCUGUAUAUAUGUGUAUGACCCUAAUACACGUGACGCAAACAACCUAAGCGAGAGAGAAAUAGCAUGAUUUAUGUCGUUUAGCUGUCAGAAAAAUAAUUUCCAUUAGUACCUAAACCAUCUGUGCGUUAGUUAUAAUCUAACUAAUAUGUGCCCUUUUUCAUAAAUACACGGUGUUUCACGAGGAACCCUAAAGAUUUUAAUAGUGUAUUCCUGAUCAUAAUUAAAAACUAAAAUUUUCUAUAAACUUUUCUGGAAUCUGACUUAACGCCUAACUGUAAAAAAACUUUUUUUUAUUACUUAGUGCUAAACGCCUUUUUGAUGGCGAUGUUGCAACUAGUCUAAAUAUCCUCAUUGAUAGAUGUAAACAAAUAAAAAAAAGUGUAAGUAAGUGUAAGUAAGUAAAUAAAAAAGUGACAAAUAACACUUUUCAGAAACUAUAUUUUACAAAAAAAAGUAAAAACUCAUUUCAAGUGACAGAUUUACCGAUAUAUUUGAUUUUUAUGUACAAAAACAUUAAAAAAAGCGAAAAAAACGAGCAAAUUUUUUUUGGCUAAGUUAACAUGUAAUUAUUUUCUUCUUUUGGUCUCAAAAAUGCAUGGUUAAAGCUUGCCCAGCCCAAGUCAGUAUUUCUGUUAUUGAUAUAAGGGUUUAUUUUAGCCUGGCAUGUGAGAUAGGUUUUUCCACUAGAUUUGUAUGCAAGAAGCUUACAAUACACAUGGAAUAAAAUUAAAAAGAAGUGUAUUCUUAGAGUUAUUUUUCAAUGUGAUUUAUAAUUUAAUUUUAGAUUAUAAAUUAUGUUUAGGUUAUAAGUAUAACAUACCUCUCGUUAUAGUAUAUAGGUAUCGGUGUCAUAUUGUAAUAAAUAAUAUAGAUCAUAGUGAUUGUUGUUGGUUGUGGUGUUGUUGAAUCGGUAUGCGUUUCGUUAUUUUAUAAUUUUAUAAAACCACAAAUAAAAUAAAAUAUAUUUUGA